CCGCACAGCAUCCAAGCUAGCCAAAAAAGAAAAACAGAUCGCGCGCAGGAACAUGCACAUGCCCACGCCCUCGCAAUCCAGGCUGCUGGCCCUGCCAGUCCAGCUUCUCCUCAUUCUUGCAGGCGCAGCAGCCAUGGCCAGGGCUGAAGAACUAGCCGAGCAACCUCCGAUCACACGUCCGGGCUGCCCUGACAAGUGCGGCAACAUGAGCAUCCCGUUCCCCUUCGGCCUGAUGCCCGGCUGCUUCCGCGAGGGCUUCCAGGUCACCUGCGACCACUCCGUCGACCCCCCUCGAGCGUUCCUCGCCGACACCGAUACCAACCGCAUCACGGUCACCGACAGCGACGCCUCGGCGGCCUCCGACGCCGCCGCCUAUCCGGGGUACACCAACACCUCGUAUUUUCCGGUGGAGCUCGUGGACAUGUCAGCCGACAGGAGCCAGGCGCGGGCGUACGGCCCCAUCACGUCCGGCUGCAGCACCAACAGCACCCAGUACAGGUUCCAAACCCAGGCCAUGACGCUCGGCAACGGCAUCACGGAGGGGCCGUUCGCCGUGUCGCAGACGCUCAACGUCGUCGUCGGCGUGGGCUGGAGGGUCGACGUCGCCGUGGACGGCUCGACCACGCUCGCCUGCCGCACCGGCACGAAGCGGGAGCUCGCGGCGAGGAACGGGUCGUGCGCGGGGCAGGGCUGCUGCGAGGCCGCCCUGCCCCCGGGGCCGGAGUACGGCAGCGUCGCGCCGGGGCUCGUGGUCGCGGACGAAAACGCCCGGUGGAGGUCCAGCCCGUGCUCCUACGCCAUGGUGGUCGAGAAGUCGCGCUACGUCUUCUCCACGCCGGACCUGUACGGCGACACGCUGCUGCUGGAGAGCUUCCCCGUCGUCCUCGACUUCGCCAUCGUCGGGAACGCGUCGUGCCCGGCGAAAGGCCAGCGGCCACCUCCGGACUACGCGUGCGCCAGCAGCAACAGCUACUGUGUCAACGCCACAGUUGGCCUCUCGGGCUAUGCACUCAGCUACGUGUGCAAAUGCUCGGAGCACUACGAGGGCAACCCUUACAUCGCCAAUGGAUGCCGAGACAUCGAUGAGUGCAAGUUCCCCGAUCUAUACUACUGCUCGAGCAAAGGCAUAUGCAAGAACAGGCCGGGAGGAUAUGAUUGUCCAUGCAAGCCAGGAAUGAGAGGCGAUGGGAAAUUAGGACAGUGUGUUGAGAAAUUUCCCCUGGUAGCCAAGGCGGUUGUGGGUAUCAUUGGUGGUAUUUCUGUCAUAGUAGUUAUAUCAUUUCUAGUUCUUCUCCACAAAGAGAGAAGGAAGACCAGGGAGUUCUACGAAAAGAAUGGUGGACCUACACUAGAGAGAGCAAAAAAUAUUAAAAUUUUCAAAAAGGAGGAGCUCGUGCCAAUUUUAAAGGAAAGCAAUCUUAUUGGAAGAGGUGGGUUCGGUGUAGUUUACAAGGGCACUCUUGGUAAAGAACAAGUUGCAGUGAAGCAACCGAUUAGUGCUAGUCUGCUGGAAAAUGACCAAUUUGCAAAUGAAGUCAUCAUCCAAUCUCAAGUCAUCCACAAGAAUAUUGUUAGGCUCAUAGGUUGUUGCCUCGAGGUUGGUACACCGCUGCUAGUAUACGAAUUUCUCUCUGGUGGUAGCCUGGAUGACAUUCUUCACAGCAAAGACAAGAAGCCUCUAAACUUGGAUAUACGUUUAAGUAUAGCCGUAGAAUCAGCAGAUGGUUUUGCUUACAUGCAUUCAAAAACAAACACCAAAAUCCUACACGGUGAUGUUAAACCAGCAAAUAUACUUUUGGAUGAUAAGUUUGUCCCCAAGAUCUCGGACUUUGGCAUAUCAAGGUUGCUUGCGGGAGACAAAGACCACACCGGAAAAGUCAUCGGUGACUUGAGCUAUAUGGAUCCAGUAUAUCUACAGUCAGGCUUGCUAACUGAAAAGAGUGAUGUCUAUAGCUUCGGAGUGGUGUUGUUGGAACUUAUUAGUAGGAAGAAGGCCACACAUUCUGACAAUAAUAGCUUAGUAAAGAGCUUCCUCGAAGCUCACAACAAUUGGAACAGAGCAACCGAGUUGUUUGACAAUGAAAUUGUGGUAGCGGAAGACUUGGAGCUUCUUCAAAAUCUGGCAGGGAUGGCAGUGGAGUGUCUCAACCUCGACGUGGAUCAAAGACCAGCGAUGGCAGAUAUAGCACACCGCCUUUUAAUACUGAACAAGUCUUGUAGAUCGUCAGUUCUUGGACGCUGAGUGAAUACAUAAGUUUGUGAUAACGUUGUUGUUUUUUUUGCUAUUUUGAGCAAAUAUUAUUGAUACAUAUGGGAAACGUGUCCAUUAGUUCCAAGAAAAUAUGUACUUGGUUGUAACUCACUCGUUGUGUAACCAUGUAUUCGUGUUAGCAAUUGUACGUCUUCCAUAUACAAAGGAGCAAUCAUCGUCACAUUAGCGUAUAAUUAGCAAAUU